GACGGCCGGCGGACGUGUGCGCGAGACCAGAUCACGGUGGCAGCCAGCGUUAGCGUCGGCGUCACGACGGCGGCGUCUCCGUGGCCCGGGCUGGGGCUAGCCGCGCCCGCGCCCGUCGAGCUCGACCCCGUCUGGGGGCGCAAGCUGUACGGCCCGCCCGGCGCUGGCGCGGGAGGCGGCGUGGGCGGCCGCGGGCCGGCGGCGGGGCCGGGCCCGCCCGCGCCAGGGCUCGUCUUCGGGCUGCACCACCACCACCAGGACGUGGCCGCCGGCCUGCACCACCACCACCACCACCACCACCGCGGGCAGGCCACGCUCAAGGAGGAGCCGCUACCCGCCGCGCGCUCCUGGGCGCUGCAGCCGCCCGUCGACCAGAGCAGCGUGGGCAUCGGCCGCGCGCACUUCGAGAAGCAGCCGCCCAGCAACCUGCGCAAGUCCAACUUCUUCCACUUCGUGAUCGCGCUGUACGACCGCGCGGGCCAGCCCGUCGAGAUUGAGCGCACCGCCUUCAUCGGGUUCAUCGAGAAGGACCAGGAGACGGAAGGCCAGAAGACAAACAACGGUAUCCAGUACAGGCUGCAGCUGCUCUACGCCAAUGGCGUGCGGCAGGAGCAGGACAUCUACGUGCGACUCAUCGACUCCGUGACCAAACAGGCCAUUAUGUACGAGGGACAGGACAAGAACCCCGAGAUGUGCCGGGUGCUCCUUACGCACGAAGUCAUGUGCAGCCGGUGCUGCGAUAAGAAGAGCUGCGGCAACCGCAACGAAACGCCCUCUGACCCCGUCAUCAUCGACAGGUUCUUCCUGAAGUUUUUCCUCAAGUGCAAUCAGAACUGCCUGAAGAACGCCGGGAAUCCACGGGACAUGCGGAGGUUCCAGGUGGUGAUCUCGACGCAGGUGGGUGUGGACGGCCCGCUGCUCGCCAUCUCGGACAACAUGUUCGUGCACAACAACUCCAAGCACGGCCGGCGCGCCAAGCGGCUCGACCCCGCCGAAGCCACCCCCUGCAUCAAGGCCAUCAGUCCGAGCGAAGGCUGGACAUCCGGGGGCUCCACCGUCAUCAUCAUCGGCGACAACUUCUUCGACGGUCUGCAGGUCGUCUUCGGGACCAUGCUCGUAUGGAGCGAGCUGAUCACGUCGCACGCGAUCCGCGUGCAGACGCCCCCGCGACACAUACCGGGCGUCGUCGAGGUGACGCUGUCCUACAAGUCCAAGCAGUUCUGCAAGGGCGCGCCGGGACGCUUCGUCUACGUCUCGCUAAACGAGCCAACCAUCGACUAUGGCUUCCAACGCCUUCAAAAACUCAUCCCCAGGCACCCAGGAGACCCGGAGAAGCUGCCAAAGGAGAUAAUCCUGAAGCGCGCGGCCGACCUGGCGGAGGCGCUGUACAGCAUGCCGCGCAACAACCAGCUGGGGCUGUCGGCGCCGCGGUCGCCGCCCGCCGCCGCCAACGGCAUGCCCUCCGGCUUCAACACCUACACCGGCCAGCUCGCCGUCAGCGUCCAGGACGCGCCCUCCGCCGCCCAGUGGACGGAAGGUGCGUACGCACAGGAGUACGGCCGCGCGCAGAGCAGCAGCGUGUCGCCCCGGGGAGGCGGCUACGGCUCCAGCGCCUCCACGCCGCACUCCUCCAACGGCGGGGGCGGCGGAGGCGGCUCGUACGGAAACUCGACCGGGGGCGGCGCGGGGGCGGCGGGCAGCGCGGGCGGCGCGGGCAGUGGGGCGGCUGGGGGCGGCGCGGCCGCCAUCAACGGCGCCGCCUACGCCGCCUCCGCAGGCGGAGCCGCCCUCUCGUCCAUGGGGUCGCCCUCAUCCGCCAGCCUCUUCAACUCCUCGCCCAGAGUGGGAGGCCUGGCAUCUCCGUUCGCCACGAUGAACCCGUUCGGGCUGUCCACGUGCAACUCGCAGUCGUACAGCCCGCUGCUCAGCUCGACGGGCAAGUAGCAGCCGCACGGCGGCCACUGCGAGGGGGCCGCGGCCGCCUUCUAGCGGCUGCGCGCUCUGCCCCGAGGGACACCCCGGGGCG